AUGGAUAGUCCUAAGAAAUCGGGAAUUCAGGAUUUGGAGAAAACGCCUUCGGCAAUGGGCACGCCAAGGCCUUCGUGGUCUGUACGGAAAAGUAACACUGCCAGUCUGUUACCCGAGGUGGAUGCCAACAGCCAGGGCCCCGAAGUUCACGGGAAGAAAUCUGUGUCUCAGCGGUCUAGCGUGGACAACCCUCCAUACGACAAGGGGGCGUUCAGAAUCGAAAUCAACUUUCCUGCAGAGUAUCCAUUCAAACCUCCCAAGAUUACAUUUAAAACGAAAAUCUAUCACCCUAACAUUGAUGAAAAGGGGCAGGUUUGUCUGCCGGUAAUUAGUGCUGAAAACUGGAAACCAGCCACCAAAACUGAUCAAGUAAUCCAGUCCCUCAUAGCACUGGUGAAUGACCCUCAGCCAGAGCACCCCCUUCGAGCCGACUUAGCCGAAGAAUACUCUAAGGACCGUAAAAAAUUCUGUAAGAAUGCUGAAGAGUUUACAAAGAAAUAUGGUGAAAAACGACCAGUGGACUAAAAAAACAAAACAACAACAAAACAAAACACAACAAAACAACAACAAAAAUACACCUGACCGAGUUGAUGUCAGCAAUGUGUGAUAGAAGAGCUGAAGAAGUGCAUUUCAGACACACCCACAAAAAGCAGGACUCUAUGGAAAUUGACAAGUGUCACCUCUCGGUGUUAACUUGUGGCUGUUAAACUAAUAACUUUCUACCGUUUCUUAAUCAAAAGUGGUCUAGGUAAUCUGUAAAGAAAGGAUUAAAAAUUUAAGAUGUUCUA